UCGUGGCGUUAUUAGGCAGCUGACUGGAAAGCGGAACUAGCUAACUACCAAGCUAGCAAUACAUUAGCUAGGUUAACGAGUUGCUCCCGGAUCCUGCCCUGUUCACGAAACUAGAGCAACUUUUCAGACAAUGCCGCAAAAUAUUGAGCUCGGUGCCACAGGAGGAGCCUCCAAACAAGACAGUAGCAACAUGGAAGACAUGACUGUGGAACAGAUGACCAUGAGGGCCAACCAAGUGACUGACGAGUCACUGGAAAGCACACGGAGGAUGCUGCAGAUGGCAGAGGAGAGCAAACAGACCGGCACCAACACCAUGGUGAUGUUGGAAGAGCAAGGAGAGCAGCUGAGGCGUGUGGAUGAGGGCAUGGACCAGAUCAACCAGGACAUGCGACAGGCUGAGAAAAACCUCACCGAUCUCUCCAAGUGUUGCGGCCUCUGUGUCUGCCCCUGUGACAGGGUGACAUCUAUUGAACACGACUCACGUUACAAGCGUACCUGGGGUAUUGGGGGAGGAGGAGGAGGAGGAGAAGGCGAAGGUGACAGCAGUGGCUCAAAAGUAGUUUCAAGGCAGCCAUCGGGUGUUCGCAACGGCCAGGCUGCCCAGGCGAACGCCUCAGCACCUUCAGGCCCGUACAUCAAGAGGAUAACCAACGAUGCACGGGAGGAUGAGAUGGAAGAGAAUCUGGAUGCAGUCGGCAGCAUUAUUGGCAACCUGAAAAAUAUGGCUAUGGACAUGGGCAGUGAGAUAGACAAGCAAAACAAACAGAUCGACCACAUCACUGAGAAGGCGGACAUGAACCACCUUCGCAUUGAUGAAGCCAACCAGAGAGCCAACAAGCUCAUCAAGUAGACAAGGAACUAUGCUUCUGCCAAUUUUAUCCAUCAACCUUGAGCCUCUGUCGACACACACACACACACACACACACACACACACACACACACACAAAGAAAUUCACUCUGGGAGGACAUUUUUGUCAGCAGUGUGCCUGCCUUUACUGCACUAAGAUGUAAAUAGAAUACACAAACAUAUCUACAUUGUAUAAAUUGGCCACCACGACAAACCCUUAAACGUGUGUAUUCAUAGUCAUGCUGGACUUGGGGAAGCAGUGUGGGCAUCAGAAACUGCACCAAAGAGCAAGUCACUGACUGCCUAUCACUGCUGUUUGAUACCAAAUACUCACCAGACCUGUUGUAUCACAUCACAGCAAUCACAGGAAGGGAAGUAGCACGGGUCAGCUGCUUUUCUUUUCCCUGUUGGCCUUUCUCUCUUAAAGUCAAGAACUAUGAACUGUCUCUGUUUGUGUGUGUGUGCAUCUCUGGUAUAUAUGGAUGAGGUCAAUGAUCCAUGGUCAUAAGCUGUCUUUUAGUGAUAUACAGCACACCAAUAAUUUAUGUAUCAUUCCCCUGUUGGUCCUGUCUUGAUAGUGCUGCAUCUAGUAUAAUCAUAAAACAAAGUCCUCACUCUGAAACAAAUGUGUUGUUUUUCAAAACCUCAUUGGUUCAAUGUGUAAUAAUGUUAAUUGUAUCGUGUAUUAUUUUGAGAUGAUAUGCUUAUUUAAUUAUUCUUUAUGAAGCAGAAAUGACUUGUGAAUAAAGUUGUCGUUUUUUUAA